UUUCCAUAGGAGUUCCUCUCUGGGCUUCAUAACUAUAACCCCUGGCUGUGGUGAUGCCCCUCCCCCUGGUGACCAGGCACCUGCUGUUGAUCAGUGUGUGUGUGUGUUUACAGGAUUGGGAGCAGGAGGUAGAACUGUGUGCAGAAUAAAUAUAGAUACAAACAGAGCACAGGUCCAAUUGAUCUAUGUGAGUUGUUGUAAUGAGAGCACAGCGCUGUGGGCUUUGUUCGUUUGGCUCUGGACUACCAGGGGCUCUGGCUGCUGAGUGAGCUCUGCUCUGUGCCCAGCCAGGACACAGUAGAGACAGACAGGGGAAACUGGAAAAGUGAAUAUAGAAGGUGAGAGAAGAAACCAAGGAAGUUUGAGGUGGUCUGUGGAUUUCUGGAGGAGAACAUGACAGGAGAAGGGGAGAUGAGCCAACCACUGUGAGGAGGAACGAGGAAGAAGAGGCAGGUAGCGACGUAGUAGCGACAGGGCUGAUGUCAGGCUCAGACAGCCACAGGAAGAGCUCCAGGAGGCAUGGUAGCAGGAAGAGGGAGUCUGGGUCCACCUCCGGCUCCGGGGCUGCAGAGGCAGCGGCUGCAGCACCAGAGAUGCCCAUAGUCAUCCCUGACGUGAAGGAGUUUCUUGCCAAAGCCAAAGAAGAUUUCCUCAAGAAAUGGGAGAAUCCAGCACAGAACACUGCAGCCCUGGAUGGCUUUGACCGCCUGAAGACCCUGGGCACGGGCUCGUUUGGUCGAGUCAUGCUGGUCAAGCACAAAGAGUCGGGCCAGCAUUUUGCCAUGAAGAUACUUGACAAACAGAAGGUUGUGAAGCUGAAGCAGAUAGAACACACACUGAAUGAGAAACGCAUCCUGCAGGCCGUCAGCUUUCCCUUCCUGGUGCGGUUGGAGCACUCUUUCAAGGACAACACUAACCUGUAUAUGGUGAUGGAGUAUGUCCCUGGUGGUGAGAUGUUCUCACAUUUAAGGAGAAUUGGCAGGUUCAGUGAGCCCCACGCCCGCUUCUACGCCGCCCAGAUUGUUCUGACCUUUGAAUACCUUCACUCACUGGACCUCAUCUACCGAGAUCUGAAGCCUGAGAACCUGCUCAUUGACAACCAGGGAUACAUACAGGUAACAGAUUUUGGUUUUGCAAAGCGAGUGAAGGGCCGGACCUGGACGCUGUGUGGCACUCCGGAAUACCUGGCCCCCGAAAUCAUCCUUAGCAAAGGUUAUAAUAAGGCAGUGGACUGGUGGGCUCUGGGCGUGCUGAUUUAUGAGAUGGCUGCUGGCUAUCCCCCCUUCUUCGCUGACCAGCCCAUUCAGAUCUAUGAGAAGAUUGUAUCAGGGAAGGUGCGCUUUCCCUCCCACUUCAGCUCGGACCUGAAGGACCUGCUGAGGAACCUGCUCCAGGUGGACCUGACCAAGCGCUUCGGCAACCUGCGGAACGGAGUCAACGACAUCAAGGGCCACAAGUGGUUCGCCACCACUGACUGGAUCGCCAUUUACCAGAGGAAGGUGGAGGCACCGUUUAUUCCCAAGUGCAAAGGCCCCGGUGACACCAGCAACUUUGACGACUAUGAGGAAGAGGAAAUCCGAGUCUCCUUCACAGAGAAAUGUGGCAAGGAGUUUGCCGAGUUCUAGGCCCAACCAGGAGUAGCGGAAAGAGACAGGGAUGUAGAGAGAAAAGGUGGGAACAGAAGGAACUGGGAGGAGAGGUGAUUAGCUGGACUGCUAACUUGCAUUUUGUAAUUACGACAUCAACAAUGUAACCCACCCACCCCCCAAAUGAAGAGAGAGUGAAAAAGGAGAGAAAAGACCUGAAAGAGCCAGCAGUGUUGCCUUUUCUGAUUGUUUCUCACCUUGUUACUUAUCCAUGUCCUGUUUUCCCUCUUGUGUUUGUGGCAGGGGUAGAAGGGGCAGGGGCUGCACACUUUUGAGUCAUUGCAGGCAGGUUGAGGUAUUGAUGUUCUGUUCUGGUACUGAAUCUAGGCUCCUCCUGAGUGGGUCCUCUCUACAAGCUUCUCAAUGAACGAGGGCAUCUCAUUCUUGUUUUGUAAUUGUCCACCCACUCCUAUCUUUUUACCCAGUUCCCCCCCCUCUGUCCUGAAUCUGUCCAAGCAAUACCAAGUCCAACAGAUGUGCCUAUCAUAAUGCCAACUGGUUGCAAAACCGUGUCGAAAGCAUUGGUGCAGAGCUUUGGCUAUUGGUGGCAUCAGCCCUUGUGCCCUUUCUAGUUGAAAGCUUGACACUCUCUGCACACGCCUUCUGUCCGCUCGUUGUGGCAUGAUUAUUGGGUUCAGAGGAUUCUCUCAUCGCUUGCAGUUCAGGCAGUGCUGACCACUUUUGAUCAGAGAAACAACGAUUUGUCUCUUUUCAUUUAGGUCUUGCUACUUUAUUUUUCGGGACCUGUGAAACAAUUGUGUACAUGAGCAUUUCUAAUGUUAAUUAAAUCUGUCUUUUCCUCUUCAACUGAAUUUAUUAGAGCAUUUUAAAACCCUUUUGAGGAUCAUUGUGUCCUCUCAAGUCAAUCUCUGUGCUUGUGUGUUAGUGUUCAAGGGUGGGUUAAAAAGCAGUGAUUUGGCAGUGACUAACAUAAUGAUCACACACUCCUCUCUGACUAUUGUUUAUUUAAUUCAUAGCACAUUUAUACAUGUAUGUUGAUAUUAUUAUAGAAAAACGUGAAUAUCCAUCUUUUUUCCAAAGUUGUCUCUUAGCUGUGAAACCGAAAUGAAGAUUUCAGAAAUAUAGUAUGAAUUCUGCCAAAUUCGCAAAAGUAAGGACAUUGCUUACGCAAACAUGUAUGUCAGUUAACUAUGAAGGUGGUGGUUUUUAAUACGCAGGAAAAAGUAGCAAAAUGUUUCAGCAAAAUGAUGCAUGUUAUUUUUGUACAAUAUCACUUUUAAAAGAAAGAUGUGAAAGGAUGUAAAGCUCUGGUCGUGGUGAGGUACCUGAGAUUGUUCAAACUGACUCUCACCUGCCCCUUUUGUAGGAUGGAUCAAGGCCCACUUUUUAUCUGCCAGAAAUCAUGUCAUUUCAUUCAGUGUUCAGUUAGAUGUGAACGGUUAAUGCUGAUUUAAUCAUGUUAAUUCACCAGCUCUGUUCAACUUUCUGCUGGCCUUUUUACUCUUAAAUCAUCAUCUUCAAAAGGACACUCAGUCACCAUUGUGACUGUUGGAAGUCAGGAUGAGAAUUUGUGAAAAUAUUUUCAUUUUCCUCAUGAGAAAUGUAUGUAACAAUCUGAUUUAUGGAUUUUGAAAAGCUAUCGUGUGAUUUUUAUUAUUUGAUUUGCAAUGUCGUCUUUUUGGAUGCAAGACAAUCGCAGCCCAAAUCUCACCAAUGGCUGGUGUGUAGACAGAGGUGCGAUGACCCAACCCAUUGACAUGGUUUAGUUGAUUUUCAACCAUGCUUUGUUUUCCCCACAAGCUUUUAUUUGGGGUAAUAAGGUUAUAUUCAUUUCCUAUGUAAACACAAUGUUGACAGUGAUUCGGACACCCCACCAGCCUUUAUCAGGCACCACACAUUGUGCACCUCCUGAAAAUGCAUUUCUUGUAUUUGAUAAUAUACAGUAUUUGUCAUUCAUUCAGUUUUGUCAUUAAGUCUAUUGUAGUAUGGCUUAUUUCUACCGAAUGUUCACAAAUCAAAUUUAUGAAAAUGAUUAUUUGGCAGUCUAGAGGUUACAUCUGGAGCGGUCUGGUAAGAAGGCUACUUUACAGGGGGGAAAUAAGUGUAUUGAGGGAGAUAGACUUCCAAACUUGUGCUCUUUGAAGAAGAAAUGUUAUGUAUUUUCUCACGGUUCUCUGAAUUGUUUUUUUCUUGCAUGUGACGAAACAACUGAAAUGCAAGAUGUCCCAGACCUAUGACAUGUUUUAAUGACUUUGAGAUCUGCAACCAUUCAUUUACCACAAACAACUGAUAUUUUGCUUGUUUCAUUGUUGUGCAUCCUCUGGUCUUUCUAAGCAUCAUUAGUAGUAAUGGAGGGUCAGUGCCAGCUACAGGUAUUCAGUCACCUCCACUGCCUUGCUAGAAUCCUUCGAAGCACACCUCACUUCUCGAAUCAUGUCAUAUAUAUAUUUUUUAAAGAAAUGUGAUUAUGUUAGCCUAAGUUGUGACUAGAAAAUUGGUCAAUUGAUGGUCUUCAGAUAAAGAUUUGUACCCUUUGGUCCUGCAAACAGUUAAGGUUUUGUGCUGGAAAAGUCAAACUCAGUGAUUAGAGUGGAGGGAUGAGCUCCUCAAUCCACUUAUGACACUGAUGACAUGACAGCUUUUUUUUAUUUAAUUUGGCUUUCCUGACCCAUGACCUCAUGUCUAUGAAAUGUUUUUUCCUGUUUAUACUGACCGCCUCUCCCACUCCCCCAGUCAUCAUUAUAACCCUAUCCAUCAUCAGCUUUUCUGUGCUCAUCUUUUCACUCUGUUUGAUUGCCUUUGUUAGCAUUCUAGUUUUACAUACACUUCAUAUUGAACGUCUCCAUUUUUUACAUCAUGGAGAAAACGUUGCUUUACUUUUCAUAUUUUCUAAGUGUAUUUUCAACAAACAAAAAACAUUUGAAUCUUUUUCCUUCCCGAUCUGGGUAGGGUGAUGGUGUAGUGUAUUGUACCCCCCUGGGAAACAAUACUGUAUAUCUCUGCCUUUGACAGUCUUAAUGAUCUUACCUUCUGGAGAACUUGACGGAUACCCUUAGGACACAACGAGUAUGUUUAAAAAAAAUAUUAAUAUUUUGCAAGAUGUAUCAUUCCAAUAAAGUUUUACUUGUUAAAAUUAAAA